GGGGCGGGGCCAGUUCCGCGACGCCUACUAACCACGCCCCUCUCAUUGGGGUCGUCUUACCGCGAGACCGCUGAGUCCCGCCUUCAGAUCACGCGCAGACCCGUUGCUCCGCGCCCGCGGCCCUGCACUUCACUCGCAGGUGCUCGGGCUGGGUGGCAGCGCCAUGGAACGCAGAGAGACCUGCGAACGCGGCACGUCGCCCGGGCAACCGGGGACCACAAAACCUUUCCAAGGCGGCGGCGGCGGCGUGGCGGAUGCGAUGAUGUCCAACCCCGAGCCUAGUCUGCCCCUUCUGCCCGGCACAUCCUGUGCGGACCCCACGAAAACGGACUUCCAUAGAAGCCAGACACUGAGCUACACGCAUGGCUAUGCAAUGGCUCGUCGUCCAACGGUUGGAAUAGGCGGGGACCGGCUCCAGGUCAACCAGCUGUCCCAGGCUGACCUGGAUGAGUUGGCCAAUAAGGCACCACUUCUAACUUAUGGUGAACCUAAGCCGGCUGCACCUCCGGAAUUUAUUCCUGCGCAUGUGGCUUUUGACAAAAAGGUACUGAAGUUUGAUGCCUAUUUUCAAGAAGAUGUUUCUAUGUCCACUGACGAACACUAUAGGAUCCGUCAGGUGCACAUUUACUACUACCUGGAAGAUGACAGCAUGUCAGUCAUGGAGCCCCUUGUGGAAAACUCUGGGAUCCCUCAAGGCAAGCUGAUCAAACGUCAGCGCUUACCCAAGAAUGACCGAGGAGACCAUUACCAUUGGAAAGACCUAAACCGAGGAAUAAACAUUACAGUUUAUGGCAGAACUUUCCACGUUGUUGACUGUGAUGGAUUCACACAGGAAUUUUUGGAAAGUCAAGGAAUUGAAUUAAAUCCACCUGGGAAGAUGGCUCUGGAUCCUUACACAGAACUUCGGAAACGGCCUCUUCAUCAGUAUGUCACUCCAUCGGACUUUGAUCAACUCAAGCAGUUUCUCACCUUUGACAAACAAGUUCUUCGAUUCUAUGCGAUCUGGGAUGAUACAGACAGCAUGUUCGGUGAAUGUCGGAAGUACAUCAUUCAUUACUAUCUUAUGGAUGAUACGGUAGAAAUUCGAGAGAUCCAUGAACGGAAUGAUGGGCAUGAUCCCUUCCCGGUCCUGAUGAACCGCCAGCGUAUGCCCAAGAUUUUGGUGGAUGCAAAGAACUUCCCUAAGUGUGUGCUGGAAAUCUCUGAUCAGGAGGUGUUGGAAUGGUAUACUGCCAAAGACUUCAUCGUUGGGAAGCCUCUCACUAUCCUCGGGAGAACCUUCUUCAUUUACGAUUGUGACCCGUUUACUCGACACUAUUACAAAGAAAAGUUUGGAAUCUCUGAUUUACCAUGUAUUGAUGUAAGCAAGAAGGAACAACCUCCUGUAAAACAGGAAUUACCUCCCUAUAAUGGUUUUGGACCAGUCGAAGAUUCUGCUCAGAAUUGUUUUGUUCUCAUUCCAAAAGCUCCGAAAAAAGAUAUUAUUAAAAUGCUGAUGAAUGAGAACAAGGUGCUUCGUUUUUUGGCUUCACUGGAAUCCCCCUACCCAGAAGACAAAGACCGCCGAUUUGUCUUCUCUUAUUUUCUAGCCACUGACAUGAUCAGUAUCUUUGAGCCUCCUGUUCGCAAUUCUGGUAUCAUUGGGGGCAAGUACCUUGGCAGAACAAAAGUUGCCAAACCACACUCUCCGCCAGGAAACCCCAUCUACUAUAGCCCUAGUGACUUCUUCAUUGGCGCUGUGAUUGAUGUGUUUGGCCACCGGUUCAUCAUCCUGGACACAGACGACUAUGUCUUGAGAUAUAUGGAAAGUAACGCUGCCCAGUAUUCACCAGAGGCACUCUUGUCGAUUCAGAACCAUGUUCAAAAGCGAGAAGCUUCUGCACCAAAGUUGGAAAAAAAAGCAACGGGAGUGGAUCCAAGCAUGCAGGAACUGGAGGCAUUAAUAGACAGAAUCCAGAAGCAAGUGAAAGACCAUCCCUGCAGAGAUAACAUUCGAGAGGCAUUCCAAGUUUAUGACAAGGAGGCGACAGGAUUCGUGGACAAAGAGGUGUUCUUUAAAAUCUGUAGCACUCUCAGCGUCCCAGUUGAUGAUUCCUUGACUAAGGAGUUAAUCAGGAUGUGCUCUCACGGAGAAGACAAGAUCAACUACUACAACUUUGUCCGGGCUUUCUCGAACUGACCAGGCUGAGGAGAGGGCGCACUAGUAUUUUGAGGUUGGACCUCACUUUGAAAAUAUACCUUGUACUCUUUGUAGAGGCUUGAAAGUAUAUCAAGCCUUUGAAAGUAUAUUCCUUUCUCUUUUGUUUCUUAUAUUUCACUACUUCUGAAGUCUAAGUUAGAUUGCAUCUUGUAAGAAGAUUGGUGCCUUAUUGAGGGAGGUAGAGAUGGGGGUGUUGUGAUGGUUAAUUUUAUGUGUCGAGCUGACUGGGCCUUGGGGAACCUAGAUAUUUGGUCAAAUGUUAUUCCUGGGUGUCUGUGAGGGUGUUUCUGGGUGGGAUGAACAUUUGAGUUGGUGGACUGAGUAAAGCAGGCUGCCCUCCCAGUGUGGGUGGACCUCUUCCAACUCAUUAAAGGUCUAAAUAGAACAAAAGGCUGACCUUCGCGAGUAAGAGUGAAUUCCUCCUGCCUUCUGACUCAAACAUUAGAAAGCCUGCUGGCCUUCAGACUGGAACCACACCGUCAGCUCUCACGGUCUUCUUGUUGACUGACUGUAAUCACGUGAACCAUUCCCUAUAAUAAAGCUCAUUCUUUCUAUAUA